GGUUGGAUUCCCAGCACCUUUCUGAAAACCCAAACAAUUCAAUCCUCUGAGCGGGUAAAGCCCUAACCCCACUAAUGUGUUUACCUCCCGGGACAAAGGUGAGGCUGAAUUUCACCCCAUUGCUUGAAACAAAGAAGAGCCACUGCUUGACAUUGCUGGUGGCACACUCCAGCAAGUGUAAACUACUUAUUUAGUUCGAGAGAAAUGUCAAGCCAGAAGCCAGGCCCACACAGGCGCUAUAAAAAGCCAUUGAGAAGUUGGACUUCAGCAGCGAGAGGCUUUAGGUGAAGCAGAGCGAGCAGCCCGGACUCACACACAGCAAUGACCAUCUGCAGCCCCGCGACCGGGAGAUGACAGCAAAGCUGAACUUCCCGGGGCGAACAGGAACCUCGGGAGCGUUUCCAUGGUCAGGUCAGAGCUGGGCUUGGAGAGGAGGAGGAGUGGGAGCAGAGAAAGGGCUCAGCACCCAGCGGCGCUUGGCACCCUCUCCCGCAGCAACCCAAGGGGUGCUGAGCAGAGAAAACACCGAGGACAAAGGAACGUGACCCUGAUUUGGGGACAAUUACACAUACGGGUGGCUGGGACUGAGCUCAGCAUGGCCGGGAGCCAAGCGAACGGGUCCCACUGCUGCAGGUUGGGGUUGUGAGGCGGAGCCGCAGGCAAAGCAGCACCUUGCGGCACCCGUGAUGUCAGGCGGGUCCCUGUGCACAUGUAAACACGCCGGUGGGUGCAGCCGGGACACUUGACUUCCUCCCGCCGCCGGGCUGCACGGCGCGGGCGCUGCCGCAGAGGUAAGGCUGCUUUUCUGCUCCCUCUUCGUGACCUCGAACCAGCGUUUCCUUCAAAAACGCUGCUCUCCUUGGGCUUUUUUCCUCAGGGGUUGGCUCUUGCCAAGGAAUGACCCACUCGCUCUACACCACAGCAGAUGUUUCCAGCAGCCCAGCCAUGACGCAGAGCAACCAUUCCUGCUCCGGUCACCACCUGACCUUCAAAAACAGCCUGUACGCAGCCACCUACACCAUCAUCUUCAUCCCCGGCCUCCUGGCCAACAGCGCUGCCCUGUGGGUCUUGUGCCGCUUCAUCAGCAAGAAGAGCAAAGCCGUCAUCUUCAUGAUCAACCUGGCCGUGGCCGACCUGGCUCACGUCCUCUCGCUGCCACUGCGAAUAUAUUAUUAUAUUAACUCCACGUGGCCUUUUGGGAGAUUCCUUUGCUUAUUGUGCUUCUACCUGAAGUACCUCAACAUGUACGCCAGCAUUUGUUUCCUCACCUGCAUCAGCAUCCAGAGGUAUUUCUUCCUCUACCAGCCAUUCAAGGCCAAGGACUGGAAGCGGCGGUACGACGUGGCCAUCAGCACCGUGGUGUGGCUCUUCGUUGGGGUGGCGUGCUUGCCCUUCCCCAUCAUGCGCAGCUACGGCCUGGCCAACAACACCAACACCUGCUUUGCGGACCUUCAAGUCCGGCAGAUCAACAGCAAGGUGGCCACCGUGCUGAUGAUGGGUGCGGCGGAGCUGUUCGGCUUCAUCGGCCCGCUCGUCAUUAUUUUAUUUUGCACCUGGAAAACAAAAGACUCUCUCCAGGGCUUCCAGAUAUCACUGCAAAAGAGCAGUGAGAAGAGGAAAGCUUUAAGGAUGGUUUCCAUGUGUGCCAUCGUGUUCUGCGUGUGUUUUGCGCCGUACCACAUCAACUUCUUUUUCUACAUGUUGGUGAAAGAAAAUGUCAUUACAGACUGUUUCCUCAGCACCAUCACACUCUACAUACAACCCUUUUGCCUAAGCCUUGCGAGCCUGGACUGCUGCUUGGAUCCAAUCCUGUAUUUCUUUAUGACUUCAGAAUUUCAGGACCAGAUAUCAAGGCACAGCAGCAUGGUCAUCAGGAGUCGGCUGAUGAGCAAAGAGAGUGCCUCAUCAACUAAGGAAUGACAAGAAGGCCAGCUGGAAAUAAGUAAGAUAUUUUGUAUGAAAUCCAGGACUGUUCUGUGACACUCGAUUACCAACUCUGUUGUAGAAGAUCGUGCAAGUUUAUUCAGGGGAGUUUUGUGGCAGUGGAAACCUUUCAAUAAAUAGAAGAUAAAACUGUUUAAGAUCGACGCGUUGGAAGCUGAUGAGCAACCCAAGUGAGGUGACUACACCUACUGUUGUACAGAAGGGAGCAACAAAGCUUUUCGUAGGAAAUGGUGGAAAUGUCCCAGGAGCUCUUCUAUUUUCCCAUCUCCAUGGCUCCGUGGUCAAGCCAAAGACAAUCCCACAUGCACACACUGAUAUCACCUCUGCUGAAAACACAGCUGAGAACCUGGAAGCGGACAGAAACAACAAAUGGCAGUUUUGAUGUUCUUCAGUCCAGAGGUACCUGCGAUGGACCCGCCCUGUGAAAUCUCUGUUCGAGGGGUUCAGUCGACACAGCUUUUAAAAAAGAAAGGCGUCCUUUCAGGUGGUUUCACUAACAGAGCAAAGGCUGGUUUCUCAAGUAAAUCAUUCAUUGUGAUUUUUUCCACAAGCUCCUCUCGUGAUCUUAAUGUUUACAUUUUUAGAACUUCAUCCACUGUAACAAUAUGGAAAGCGGUGACAAGAAAGGAUGCCAUUUACCCCUUAUUUUAAAUUAGCAACAGCUUUUCAGCCAAGAUCACCCCCUUUCUGUAACUUCAAGGGUAUCCUCGUGCUACCUGGCAAUUGUUUUGGCUGUACACAGGCACUGAUUUAUUGCCUUUCAAAACCUGUGCUCUUUUCAAAAGGAAUGUGUGCAAUUCUCAGUAAGCACCAGUGCCAGCAUCUUAUAUGCUGCUACAAAAACUGAAGAAAUACCAGAAACACUUGCUAACUAUAUUUUAAAUUUAACUACACAACGCCACUUAAUUACAUUUUAACUCAGCCAAAAUUUUUCUGCAUAUUAUGUUUUCCCACUUGAGUGUUCUACAAUAAAGUGGGGAAAAGCAAACAAUAGCCAGGUUUAAAUAAUCAUAACACUGGAGUCGCUCUAAAAGGCAGCAAAGACAUCCCGAUUAAAUACAAUGAUCUCUCAUAGUGCUCCUCCCAUUUCUGAGAAGAUGAUUAUGGGCUACAUAAUGAUGAACUUAAUCUUAUGGGCAGAUAAGCAAAAAUACCAAAAUAUGCCUAUCUGAAGGAAGUAACUUUCACAGCAAGGGUAUGAUUGCAGGAUUUUGGUGAGAAAGCUGCAGAACAGGCAAAGUCCAUCACCUUCUGAAGUCAACAGAAAUAUUUUAUCCAAUUGAACUGGUGGUUCAUUAUGCCAAUGACACACAUAAAUGUUUCUACACUGCAAGUGGUCCGUUAAAAAUGUGAGCAGAGGUUGAUGCUCAGGUACACCAUUAAGCAGAUACAAUGAUUUUUUUGGUCAAUUUAGCAGUUUUCUCAUAAGCUAGAUGCUGUAUAAUAUUGUCAGUGAAGGAGAACUGAGUUUCAGUAGUUGUUUUGAGGAUUCUUAGCGACCUUGAUCAUCUGGCAUAUGACUGGGAGCUGUUUGCUGUGAUGUUUUUCUUCCUCAUGCAAUUCUCCAUUUAGCAGGUGACAACAAGCUGCAGGCACCAUUAUAGCAACCAUGGAGCUUGUCCUACAUCCUUCUUUCCAAAAAAACUGAUGCUUAAAAAAUAAAUGCAUUUUUACAAACAAA